CACGCACCAUGCUUCUGGAGCGCGAGGACAGCUUCAUGUCGGAGUUUGAGGACGCGUGCAGCGCGUGGGUGGACAGCGUGGACAGCAGCGGGGACAGUGCGGAGGGUUCGAGUCCCAGCGAGGCAGGAUCCCCGAUCUGCCACGUCUUCUCUCCGGGGACGGACGCCUCGGACUCGGACUUCUUCUCGGACUUCAGUGACUGCUCCUCGGACACGCUCUCGCCGUCGCUCGGUUACACCGGAGGCUUCUUCCCGGAGCCGGUCCCGGUCCCGGUCUCGGUCCCGGUGCCGGAGCCGGAGGCUGCGGGGCUGAGCAGCACCGCGGACGCCAUCCUCAACAUGAUCACGGAGAUCGUGGGAAUCUGCACGGAGAUGGAGCAUCAGCAGCAGGACUCCUCCGCCUCCGCCUCCGCCUCCUCCCGCCUCCCUCCGCCCGCCGCCGCCGCCGCCGCCGCCCCCGCUCCGGUGGUGGUGAAGACUGAGUUCGUGAGCUCGGGCUGCAGCGGCGGGAGCGCGGCGCCGUUCCCGGACUGCCUGGCGGAGCCGCCGCUGGACGUGGCGGAGCUCAUCGACUCCCUGCUGAGCGCGGAGGUGGCGCAGGCGGAGCUGAGGCCCGCGGGCCCCCCGGAGGACUGGCUGCGCGUGGCCGCGGCCCCCGGGACCGGGGGGGACACCGGCAGCUACGUCAUCAACAGACCGCUCAUCAAGACGGAGCUCGUGCACGGAGACCUCCCCUCCACCCUGGACGCGCACCUGCUCUCCUCCCUCCUGCAGGGCGCGUUCCCAGUGGUCAACGCCGCGCACGCGGCCGCCGCGGCAGCCCCCAAGCCGGCGCGCGGCGGCCGCAGAGGGUCCGCGCGCGGCGGCGCCAAGCAGAAGCCGUUCCCGUGCUCCGUGCCCGGCUGCGAGCGCCGCUUCUCGCGCUCGGACGAGCUGAACCGGCACGUGCGCAUCCACACGGGCCAGAAGCCGUUCCAGUGCGCCAUCUGCGCGCGCAGCUUCAGCCGCAGCGACCACCUCACCACGCACACGCGCACGCACACCGGGGAGAAGCCCUUCUCCUGCGACGUGUGCGGCAAGAGGUUCGCGCGCAGCGACGAGAGGAAGAGGCACGGGCGCGUGCACGUCAAGCAGCAGCUGCGCGCACAGAUGAUGGCCGCCUACUCUCUGGCCCUGAACGCGCCUGGCGUCUAAAAAAACAACCCAAGCUGCGGGCG